GAGGCAACUACAAUGGUGAUGCAGUCAGCCAGCAGCUAGAGGAGGAAACAGGGGAAACACAAUGAACACAAGUUCAGUUCACAGAAGUCUUCUCCAAAACCACUCUGUAACCAUGAGUCUCUCUGCUAAGGACAAAGACGCCAUCAAGGCCUUCUGGGCUAAGAUCGCCCCAAAGGCUGAAGAAAUCGGUAGUGAAGCUCUGUACAGGAUGCUGACUGUUUACCCCCAGACCAAGAACUAUUUUUCCCAUUGGAACGACUUGAGCUAUGGCUCUGUCCAAGUGAAGAAGCAUGGAAAGGUUAUUAUGUCUGGAGUGGGAGAGGCUGUCAGCAAAAUCGAUGACCUGACCAGUGCGUUGGUCAGCCUGAGCGAGCUGCAUGCUUACCAGCUGCGUGUUGACCCGGCCAACUUCAAGAUCCUGUCCCACAAUUUGCUCGUGGUUCUGGCCAUGCUGUUCCCCACUGACUUCACUCCUGAGAUACAUGUGGCUAUGGAUAAGUUUUUCAUUGCCGUGUCCCUGGCUCUCUCCGAGAAGUACAGAUAAGACGCUCUGCAAGCAACAGAACUGACACACCCACAUGCACAAUAUGUCUUUUUCAAAUAGUAAAUGUACAUGUUUUAUCUAAAUAAAAGCCAAAAUUCAUAUUCAUAUUA